CGCGCGCGCGCACUAGGUGAGCUCUCCGCCGACCCGCCCCCUUCUCGUCCUCGGUGUGAGGAGAGGCCCAGAGAGCGUGCCUGGCGUCUCGGCAGCUCCUCGUUGGCUGCCUUUCCACUUCGACGAUGACGAAGCCGGACACCAUGUCUUCCUGCCUUCGGUCCGUCAGGCAGUGGGUUGGGACCCGCUACAGUCCUCGGUUUUUUCUGCAAUACAGUGGAUACAAUUUAUUAUGGCUAUUCUGAGUGUUAUAGGUUCAAGUUCACUUAUUGCCUACAUUGUAUUCCAGAAUAUACAGAAAUCUCCAGAGAUGAGACCACUUUUUCUUCUGAGCUUCUCUGACCUCCUUCUGGGAAUAUACUGGCUCAUUGAGACACUUCUCUAUGGAACUUCAGUGGCCAAUAAGGACAUUGUUUGCUAUAACCUGCAAGCAGUUGGACAGAUACUCUACAUUUCCUCAUUUCUCUACACCAUCAAUUACAUCUGGUAUCUGUACAAAGAAAUGAGGGUGAAACACAACCAGAGUGGACAGAGCACAUUUCCACUGGUUAUAGAUUAUACUUGUCGAGUUGGCCCAAUAGCCAUUGUUUUUUCAAGCCUGAUACCUGUGCUUUUGAUGAUUCCUGUAUUCUGUUUGGGCAAUGCUAGGGAAUGUUUCUGCAACUUCAGCCAGAGCCACAGGUGUAUCCUGAUGCACUCACCACCAUCAGCCAUGGCUGAACUCCUGCCUUUUGCCAACAUAUCAGUCUGUAGCACACUUUACUUUUAUCAGCUCACAACUUUCCUGGCCAGCUUUCUACUCAGCCUCUUCAUCAUCGCGGUCUUACUCAUCCAAGCCCAGACACUGUACAAGAAGUUUCUGAAAUCGACGGGCUUUCUGGGGAGUGAACAGUGGGCAGUGAUUUAUAUUAUGGAGCAGCGAGUGUGCUUCUACCCAGUGGCCUUCUUUUGCUGCUGGGGCCCAGCUGUCAUUUUGGUGAUCAUAAAGUUGACUAAGCCACAGGACACCAAGCUUCACCUGGCCCUCUAUGUUCUCCAGGCUCUAACAGCAUCAUCCCAGGGUCUGCUCAACUGUGGAGUAUACGGCUGGACACAGCACAGAUUCUACCAAGUAAAGCAAGAGGCCCGGCAUGAUGCAGACACCCAGACACCAUUAUUAUGCUCACAGAAGAGAUUCUAUAGCAAGACCCUAGAUCCACUGGAAUCUACCUUUGCUUUUACUACCAGCACCUCCACCAUUCUUUGAAACUAUAAUACUGGAGUAUCCAGGAAUUGGAAUUAUUCCACACUAAUGGAUUGGGAGGUAUUAAGAUACAACAUUUAAGUCUUUCCCAACCAUGCCUUAAACUGUGGAAGUGAAAGUGAAUAUAAUGUCAUGGUUAGUAGCUAUUCUAGGUGAAUUGGGCAGGAUCUCUGUUAUUCUCAGAUUCACUCGUGAUUCUUAAAGUCUUUGUUCAGAGAGAUGAGGUCACUUUCCAUCUUAAGAGAUAGACUAAUAUUACCUUGGUGAAUAUUAGAUUUGUAUAAGUCUCUUCUAGAAAAAAAAUAAAUUCCAGGUUAUU